AAGAGGAAAAGAAAAACGUAGCUUCCUUGUAUAUUAUUCACUUUUGUUGGCUAUAUAUAUAUAUACCAUAUACAUGUUCAUAAAUAUGCUAACAAAGCUAGAGUCUCUCUAUUCUAGCAAAACUUUCUUUUCCUACUUUAUUUAUUUUGUUGGUUAGCUAGCAAAAAUAGUACUUGAGAAAAUUUUGCAGAGAAGUUGGUUUGAACCAAAAGCAAUAAGAAGAAUUUGCAUGGAAGAAGGAGGAGGGACAACAACUGCCAUGGCCACAUCGUCAACAACCACAACUUCCGGUGGCGAAGGAGGAGAAGGAGAACGACAUGCCGUUAAAGGAGAUGAUCAGCAGAAAAUCUCAUUCUUCAAGCUGUUCUCAUUUGCCGACAGACUUGAUGUCGUUUUGAUGAUUGUCGGGACGAUCGGAGCCAUAGGAAACGGCGUGUCGCAGCCUCUCAUGACACUUAUUUUUGGACAGCUUAUUAACUCUUUUGGUUCCUCCAACACAUCCAGUGUCAUGGAUGAAGUUUCUGAGGUUUCUUUGAAGUUCGUAUACUUGGCAAUUGGGACGGGUAUUGCUGCAUUUCUCCAGGUAUCAUGUUGGAUGGUUACUGGAGAAAGACAAGCCACAAGAAUUCGAGGUUUGUACUUGAGAACAAUACUGAGGCAAGACAUUGCAUUUUUCGACACCGAAACAACUACCGGAGAGAUCAUCGGAAGGAUGUCCGGGGAUACCAUUCUCAUUCAAGAUGCCAUGGGUGAAAAGGUUGGGAAGUUCAUACAACUUAUUUCGACUUUUUUCGGUGGCUUCAUCAUUGCCUUUAUUAAAGGAUGGCUUCUUUCCCUUGUUUUGCUUUCAUGCAUUCCUGCCCUUGUCAUUGCUGGUGGAGCAAUGGCAACCGUGAUGUCGAAAAUGUCGAGCAAAGGUCAACUUGCUUAUGCAGAAGCUGGAAAUGUUGUAGAACAAACAGUUGGAGCAAUUAGAACGGUUGCAUCCUUCACAGGGGAGAAAAAAGCAAUUGAGAAAUACAACUUGAAACUGGAUAUUGCCUACAAAUCAUCAGCCCAACAAGGGUUGGCCUCAGGGCUUGGACUUGGAGUAGUUUUGCUAAUUAUCUUUGGCACUUAUGGACUUGCUAUUUGGUAUGGAUCCAAAUUGAUAAUUGAAGAAGGAUACAGCGGGGGUGAUGUCUUGAAUGUGGUUUUUGCAAUCAUGACUGGUGGAAUGUCACUGGGUCAGGCAUCCCCAUGCUUGAAUGCAUUUGCUUCAGGACAAGCUGCUGCUUAUAAAAUGUUUGAGGCAAUCAAUCGAAAACCGAAAAUUGAUGCCAGUGAUGAUAGUGGGAUUGUCUUGGAAGACAUAAGAGGAGAUAUUGAACUCAAAGAUGUGUAUUUCAGAUAUCCUGCCAGGCCAGAUGUGCAGAUCUUUGCUGGGUUCUCAUUGCAAGUUCCCAGUGGGAAAACUGCUGCUUUAGUUGGGCAAAGUGGGAGUGGGAAAUCAACAGUAAUUAGCCUGCUGGAAAGAUUCUACGACCCGGAUUCUGGAGAAGUACUUAUAGAUGGUGUUGAUUUGAAGAAAUUGCAGCUUAGGUUCAUAAGGGGGAAGAUUGGGUUGGUUAGUCAAGAACCUGUUUUAUUUGCUACAACUAUAAGGGAAAAUAUAGCUUAUGGGAAGGAAAAUGCAACUGAAGAGGAGAUUAGAACAGCAAUUGAGCUUGCUAAUGCAGCAAAAUUUAUUGACAAGCUUCCUAAGGGGUUGGAUACAUUGGCUGGUGAGCAUGGAACACAGCUAUCUGGUGGACAAAAACAGAGAAUAGCAAUUGCAAGGGCAAUUUUGAAGAAUCCCAGAAUUCUCCUUCUCGAUGAAGCAACAAGUGCACUGGAUUCUGAGUCCGAGCGUAUUGUUCAAGAGGCACUGGUUAGAGUAAUGAAAAACAGGACAACUGUAGUUGUUGCACAUAGAUUGACAACUAUCAGAAAUGCUGACACUAUAGCUGUGGUGCAUCAAGGGAAACUUGUAGAGCAAGGAACACAUGAUGAAUUGAUUAAAGAUCCAGAAGGAGCUUAUGCUCAGCUAGUUCGUCUGCAAGAAGGAGCUAAAGAAACAGAAAAUACUCGAGCCUUUGACACGGAUAACAAAGCAAGUUUUGAUUUUGAUAGGCCUAAUUUAAGGUCUGGAAGUCAGAUUAGGUCUGGAAGCCAGAGAUUAUCAUUGAGAAGAUCCAUAAGUAGAGGUUCAUCAAGCAGCAGACGCUCUAUAGCUCUUAGCUUUGGUCUUCCUGGCCCUAUUAAUUUUCCUGAAUCUGAAGAAAGAUACAUUGAAGACGGUUCCUUAAGAAAUGAUGUGGAUCCUGAAAUGCGCAAAAAAGUUUCCAUCAAAAGGUUGGCAAGCCUAAAUAAGCCUGAAAUUCCAGUCUUAUUGAUUGGAUCAGUUGCUGCAAUCGUACAUGGGGUUCUUUUCCCGGUGUUUGGCCUCAUACUCUCUAGUUCCAUUGAAAUGUUCUACAAACCUCAUAGUGAGCUAAGAAAGGAUUCCAAAUUUUGGGCACUUAUGUUUACGGGUAUGGGCGUGCUUGGUUUAGUGGCAGCUCCAGCCCAAAAUUUCUUCUUUGGAGUUGCUGGUGCGAAAUUGAUACAACGAAUUCGUUCUAUGACUUUUGAGAAGGUUGUCCACCAAGAAAUCAGUUGGUUUGAUGAUCCAGUAAAUUCCAGUGGAGCAGUUGGUGCAAGAUUGUCUUCCGAUGCUUCAACUAUUAAGGGUCUAGUUGGUGAUGCUUUGGCCUUGUUGGCUCAAAAUAUAACGACGAUUAUUGCAGCACUAGUAAUAGCAUUCACAGCUAAUUGGAUUUUGGCAUUGAUAGUCCUAGCUGUGUCACCAAUAUUGGUUAUACAAGGCUUCAUCCAGGCAAAAUUUCUAGAAGGGUUUAGUGCUGAUGCCAAGGUUAUGUAUGAAGACGCCAGUCAAGUGGCAAAUGAUGCAGUUGGUAGCAUUAGAACUGUUGCAUCAUUUUGUGCUGAGAAGAAGGUGAUGGAAAUGUAUCAGAAGAAAUGUGAAGGCCCACGGAGUCAAGGAGUGAGAUUGGGACUCAUAAGUGGUUCAGGUUUUGGUUUUUCUUUCUUUGCAAUGUACUGCAUAAAUGCAUUCCUUUUCUACAUUGGAGCUGUCCUUGAGAAAAAUGGGAAAGCAGAAUUUGGGGAAGUUUUCAAGGUUUUCUUUGCUUUGACAAUUUCGGCAAUGAGUGUUUCCCAAAGUACUGCCAUGGCUCCUGACACUAGCAAAGCCAAGGAUUCAGCAGCUUCGAUAUUUAAAAUUAUUGAUAGCAAGCCUAAGAUUGAUUCAAGCAGCAAUGAGGGUAUAACACUUCCAACUAUAAAAGGCGAUAUUGAGUUCGAACAUGUGAGCUUUAAAUAUCCCACAAGGCCUGAUAUUCAAAUUUUCAGAGAUAUGUGUUUGAGUAUUCCCUCUGGAAAGACUGUGGCUUUGGUUGGAGAGAGUGGGAGUGGAAAAUCAACAGCAAUAAGCCUAAUAGAGAGAUUUUAUGAUCCUGAUUCCGGUCGUGUAACUUUAGAUGGAGUUGAAAUACAAAAGUUCAAGCUAAAUUGGUUGAGACAACAAAUGGGAUUAGUUAGCCAAGAACCAAUUCUUUUCAACGAAACGAUUCGGGACAACAUAGCUUAUGGUAAACAAGGAGAUGUUACAGAGGAAGAGAUAAUUACAGCAACAAAAGCAGCAAAUGCACACAACUUCAUAUCAUCAUUGCCCAAUGGCUAUAACACAUCUGUUGGGGAAAGAGGAGUGCAAUUAUCAGGAGGCCAAAAGCAGAGGAUAGCCAUUGCCAGAGCAAUUUUGAAGAACCCAAGAAUACUUUUGCUGGAUGAAGCUACAAGUGCAUUGGAUGCAGAAUCUGAAAGAGUGGUACAAGAUGCAUUGGAUAGAGUUAUGGUGGAUAGAACAACCGUCGUUGUUGCUCAUCGCCUUACGACGAUCAAAGGUGCUGAUAUAAUUGCAGUGGUGAAGAAUGGUGUGAUUGCUGAGAAAGGAACUCAUGAUUUGUUGAUGAAGAUCAAUGGUGGUGCCUAUGCAUCUCUUGUGGCACUCCACAUGAGUUCUUCAACAUGAGAAAGAAAAAGAAAACUGAUUAGUUUUUAGAGUUAUAAUUUUUUUUUUUUUUUUUAAAUUUUUGCUAAAAGUUUGUUGUAUGCAUUAGUUCACUUUGUAAUCAACCCCAGCAAAUAUGGGGUUUAUUUAUUUAUAUCUUUUUUGUUGUUUUUCCAUUGUUAAGUGUCAAGUGGUUAUAUGAGGUAAUUUAAUCGUUAAAUUGAAAUAAAUGAAAAGAACUGCAAAAAUAGAUACAUAUAAAUGUACUGAAUUGAAAUAGAAGAAUAAUACAUGUAAUUUAUUUUUACAUGUA